AUGAGAUGGGCCGAGCGUGGGCCGUCCCCGCGGUCGCCUGUACCGCCUUCAUCUUUUCCCGCUGGUCUCAAACCGGUCGGGCCACAGGACGUCCAUGGACUGGCGAACCGCCGGGUGUCAAGAACAGACCUGGACUUUGAGCAGGCUCUCCGUGCUGAAGGGACAGUCAUCCUCACAGAAACUCUCGACGUUGACACCCUCGGGGUACUGGAUACUUCAGACGCCUCUUUCAGCUCUUUAAGCCCCUUCUCGUCGCCAGAACCUCCGCCCAAAACACCCCUCAUAGGCGUACAGCCUGCGUCGCCCACCAUAGUCCCCCCAACGCCCUCGCCUAGCAGCCUGGCUGCACCGCUGCCCUCGCGCGACUCUUCGUCGUCCUACUCCAGCCGCGAAAUAUUUUACGACGCACAGGAAGACACUGACCUGCAGACGAAGCGUCGUUCGAUGUACCGCUCGCCUGGCACCGCUAGCAGCCCAGAUCUCGCCACGCUCCUCCGCAAGAGCAAAGGCAAAGAGGCAGGCUCAAGCAGAGCUAGCACCAGCGCCGACUCCCCCAGUCCCACUCCCAAACGCCUCGCCCCCACAGACUCCAGCGAUUCUAGCUUCAGCCGCGAACGCCAGAGGUCUGCGACCGCAGGCUCGUCGACCUCUGCCUACACAUCUCCACCAGGCACUCCCAGUUCCAAGCUGAAACUGCGGGUGGGAACAGGUGGCGUACCAGGCACUGAUUGGGUGCUGACGAGUCCACGGUCGAUGACUUCGAUGAAGGAUGGCGGCAUAUCUAAGUCCAACAAGUCCUCUGUCAGGGCCAAGACGACUGCCUUCCUGGGGAAGAUGCUGGGUGCGUCGUCCACUCGUGAGCGAUCGGUGAGUGCUCUUCCACGCGCUGGGGGCAGUGAUCCAUACGCUGUAUCUCCCGUCUUCGACGCAUUUCCCCCACCGGUGCCGCCAAUACCACCAUUCCCACAGACGCAGAAGGAACCUGCGAAGAGCUUUGAGUCCGAUGUCUUCUCUAGCCCGUCUUCUUCUCUCGACCUGCACAACAAACCCUUGCCAGAUAUCAGCCCUGACCUCAAUGAUACCGAUAGCGACACCGAAAUAGAAGAUGCAACAGACCACUCCAUGUCCAUGGUCGUCGUUAAGCCGCGCGCUCGGACACCGUCUCCAACAGGAACUGUCACGCACGAUACUGUCAAGUCCAGCGGCAUAGUUCCCACGCGCAGCAAGCGACGCAGUAUGAGCGUCAGCGAUGUUGACCUGAAGCGCAUCAUGGCAUCUAGCUCGACCAGCACGAUACUUCCGCAACCGAGCCUAUCCUCCCAUCCUUCCCAAGGCUCUGGAGGUUCAGAUUGGAAUAGCAUCAUGACAGACUUCAAGGGCGAGCUCCUCCAGCUUGAUCCUAUCUCGACGGCACUGCUGGAUCUCAAGGACCCAUCAACACCUGCCCGCAAACGACUGUCUGUUCGUUCCCAGAGCGACCAUGUCCUGCCCACGUCGUCACAGAACGGUGACCGACCACAGCCCAAGCACGCAGCGACUGAGCCGACCCCCACCGGUCCGCCGACACUGACCGUCAAGCAGCCAUCGCUAGAGCGCAUAAAUUCGGGUCCGCUCAGAGCCCGGUCGGGUUCUGCGUCCAGUCCUGGCCAUCGGCGCGUUUCUGGGAUACGUCAUGGUCCCAGAUCGCCUGUGCGGAACGCAGUGACUUCAUUGACAUAUAUACCAUCCUCCGCCCGAGACGAGAACCGUCUUCGCGUACAACAUCGUUCAACAGCGUCUAGUUCUGAACCAUCUCUCGUGCCGUUGCGAGAUGUCCGGGAUCCGAAGCGUAACUUCUCCAGUCUCUCCGCUACCUCUCAACAAGAUCUUGCCACAAACGACCUUGUUAUCACCAAAUUUGCGGCUAACCUCUCCCCCAAGAAAAACGAGGAGACCGGUAAUAUGAAGGCGAGAGGCGAAGAGCUAGCGGCGAGGUGCUGGGCAGAAGAUGAAGAGUUUAUGGCCAAGGAUAAGAUUGCUGAGUGGCUCGGCGGACAGAGUUCUAUCAACAGGAUUGCUCUGCGCUACUGGAUGGACAAUUUCGACUUCACUGGGUUGCGGCUCGACAACGCUUUUCGACGUCUGUGCGGCAAGCUCUUCCUGAAAGCUGAGACGCAGCAAGUGGACCGUAUACUGGAGCAGUUCGCCCGUCGUUACUGGGAAUGUAAUCCUACUAGCAUCUUUGGCAGCGCCAGUGUUGUACAUGCGGUGACAUACUCCUUGUUGCUCCUCAACACGGACCUGCACGUUGCGGAGCUGACAUCGCGAAUGUCGCGCCAGCAGUUUGUCCGUAACACUCUCGGUACUAUUCAGCUACAGAUUCAGCCCGGGUCGUCGUCAGACUUGGCCAACGAUGACUGGAGCAGCGUGCGCGCCGGGUCAGACAUCAGUGACGGCGGGAUUCCCACGGGGCGGUCGAUCAAGCGCAGCAACAGUAUGAACAGCUGGAGCAGUGUUACCCGCGAGGCUUUCAUCUCGAACUUGAGCAGCAAAGCAGCAUCCUCUGGGCAGCUGACCUCUGCAUCGACGGAUACGUCCGGUACGCAGCCGCAAACCCCAAUCAACGAGAGCGUUGUAUCGGUCGUGUCUGUCCGCGACGGUAAGAGCUCUGACCCUGCGACCCCUGCUAUUACGUACGAUCGUAAAUGGGAAGGGGAGAUGGAGGACCUGUUGAAGGAGAUAUACAACUCCGUCAAGACUCAACAGAUUCUGCAGCCUACCGGUAGCAUAGCGAUGGCGCGUUCCUCAACAUCGUCGCUGAGCCCUCAUGUGUCCGCCCUCCGCGGUAUCGGUUUGCGAGGACAGCAGAACAACCUGAAGCGCGGUAGUAUACGUGGUCUGCAGUCGAUCCUAUCAACGCAAGGAAUAUACAGCCCGUACAUUGCCAGCAACCCCGCUGAUGGUCGGGCCAGUCCCGCGCCGAGCUUUGCUACAUCGAACGAGGGCCUGCACGCGUCAACCGCCUCCUUCCUCAUACCAACACUCGGAUUUGCUUCCAACCUGACGCAAACAAUCAUUCGCGAAGCUCAGGAAGAUGACGCUCACAGCGUCAGGAGCGACCACUCAACAUCCACCGAAGUCAGCAUUAGCGACGAGGAGCUCGCACUUCUGGGACCUCCGUGGGCAAAGGAGGGCAUGUUGUGUCGCAAGCAGUACUGGGAAUGCAUUGGCAAGAGGGCCAAGUCGAAGUCGUGGCUGGAUGUUUUCGUUGUCAUCCAGAAGGGUGAACUCAGUAUGUUCGUCUUUGGGGACCACAGCCUAGGAAGUGCGAACGUUGUGGGCGGCGGUAACUGGCUGGAAAAUGCGCAACCAGUUGGAGCUGUACUGCUUGCACACUCACUCGCGCAUGCAUUGCCAUCACCCGGCUAUAACAGGCAACGUCCCCACUGUAUGGUGCUCACCUUGGCGAAUGGCGGCGUCUAUUUCUUCCAGGCUGGUACCGAGGAGCUUGUUAAUGAAUGGGUGCAGACGUGCAACUACUGGGCCGCUCGGACGAGCAAAGAACCUCUGACUGGGGGCGUCUCCAACAUGGAAUACGGUUGGAACCGAGUUCUGGACCAGGAUACUUCGGAUGCCGUUAGCACGAAGAGCGGCCGUAGUGGGCGGAGUAAAUACAGCAAGAAGGACUUGGUCGCCACCGUGCGAGGGGACAAGUCACCCUGGUCGGACCGUAUCGUUAUCAACGACUGGAAGCCUCCGAUGGCGCCUAGCGUCCCUAGUACGCACGACGAGGAGACGCAGAUGGAUGCCCUGCAGAAGCAUGUUGCCGCUCUCAAAGAUGACUUGGUUCAACACAAUGAACUGCGAACUCCGAUGAUGAAUCUUUAUCCUCCACGAUCUUCCAACGCUGCGAAGGCGCUCGCCAAUUGGGAAAAACGUUCGCAGUGGAUUCUCACAGAAAUUGUCAAAUACGAGUCAUACAUUGACUCUCUGCGGGCCGCGAUGAAUCUUCGCCUAAAGAAGCGCGGCGAGAAGGCGCUCGAGCGUGCCCUGGCGGCCGGCCCCAGUGACGAUGAUCGCCUGAGUCGUACGAAAGGUAAAUGGAAAGGCCACCCCGGUGAAGAGACGAUAGAAGAGAGCGAGGAGCCUCCACCCAGCGCGAAAGGCGACUCAACCAUCCGGUCUCAUUCGCAUCGCCGCGAGACGGCCGAUAUCGGGCGAUAA